CUCCUCGGGUUCAUCCAGCUUUUAAGGUUUGUUAGAUUUCUGGUCUAGGUAGUUAAGACUCGAGUUAAUUGCUGUGGUAAUUAUUGUUAUUAUUAUUUCUUAUUGUUGUUUCAAGAUGUGGAAUUUUUCUUGUAAUACCAUCGGAAGCAUUGGGUUUAAGAGUUCGAAAGAGACUGGUCUAGCUUGUUCUGAGUGUUCAGACGAUGAGGUGUGUUCAAAUGGUAGUGGUGAUGAAGGAUUAGAGUGUCCAAUUUGUUGGGAAUCUUUCAACAUCGUUGAGAAUGUGCCUUACGUCUUAUGGUGUGGUCACACUCUCUGUCAAAAUUGUGUGAUGGGUCUCCGGCCUGCUCUUUUGAAACUCAACACUCGGAAAAUCAAGAUCCCCGUGUUCAUUUCUUGUCCAUGGUGCCACUCGCUAUCUCUGCGACUGGUUUAUAAGGGGAACCUCAAGCUCCCUCGCAAGAAUUUCUUCAUUUUGUGGAUGAUCGAGAGCUUAAAUGGGGACAGGUAUGGCAUUGCCAGGAGAAGUCUGUCUGGGUACGAUCAACGUCUUGGCUUUCCGAGAUGUAAUCUAAUGCUGGGAAAUCAAGCUAAUCAUGGUGUUGUAAGGUCAGGGUCAUCUGCGAACCGUUCUGAACAAAUGAGAUCUCAAGAUAACGGCGGCAGAAAUAUUGCAGCGAGGCAUCAUUUCUCACUUCAUAAAUCAUUGGAUUUCUUCAUUCACUUUACAUCCAAGUUCCCAUUUGUCAUCGUUCUCCUUCUGGUCGUCUUCUUUGCAAUACCUGGGAGUGCUGUUAUCCUAUUACUCUAUUUGCUGGUGACGGUUUUCUUUGCCAUCCCGUCUUUCGUGGUAAUGUACUUUGCAUUUCCUACGUUGGAAAGGCUGGUAAGAGAAAUCACCUCAUGAGAUGUGGACAUGUUGCUUUCUCACUUCAGGUUCUAUGAGAUAUAUGGUUCCAAGUGAACACGUCUAUUGGUGUACUCUGGCAUCAUCCUUCUUUCGAUGCUCAUUCCACAGGUUUUACUUGAAAUUUAGUAGCUCCAUUGCUGGUAAUGUGGCUCUUUUAGUAUCCUGAAGCUUUCAGAUUAAUGUAUUGUUUUCAUUAUGGACUGUGACCUCAAAAGCUUGUUUUGGCAAUUGUGGUUAUGCCCUUAAUUAGAUGUCAGUGAAAUGGCACCUACCUGUUGUACAAGCUUGAGUUCUUGAAAGAAUAUAAUUUGCAAUUAAUUGUGGUGGUUA